UUCGCCACUACUGUGACGAGGUUUCUUGAUCACGAGCGGCCUCUUCCCUCUCUCGCCCCUUUUCACAUGAGUGAUCUGUCGUUUUUUUUUGUGCCUAUCAAAUGACUAUCCAAACGGCCCACGCACUACUUCCUCCCAUCGCCGCCUUUUCUCCCACGACGGCAAGGGAAACUGAGGCUCAUGAUGGAGUCGUCCUUUACUGAUUUCGAGAAGCGCUUCGUCCUCGCCGAGAUGAUCAAGGCCAGCCACAUGGACGUGGGCAUUCUCGUGGACUUUAUCAAACUCCAUGGAAUCCAGCCAGACUGGCUGUCGAUGCAGCUUCCUAGCGGCCGCAACAUGAACCAGUGUCUUCGCGCUGCCGAGAAUAUGUUCAGCACGCCAAUUCAGCCUCCGGCCAUCCAACCCCUGAAGCGCAGAUCUCUCGGGGACAUUAGCGACCAUAUUCCCAAAAAGCUCGCGGCCCUCCACCCGUUGCUCGGAGACACGGUCCCUUACUCAGUCCCGCGAAAUUUGGGCAUGCAGCCCACCAGUCCAAGACAGCCAGUCAAUAUCCAGCCACGGCCGAACGGCUACGCCUCUACCACCUUACCGCCAACUCCCGGGUCUCUUCUAAACGCGGCUCCUACCGGUCGCAGGCGCGGACGGCCUCCGAAGUCCGAGGUUUUGGCGCGCCAGGCUGCCCCGCAAAUGAUAGCGUACCAGCCAAUCUCUCCGGCCCCCAUUGCCCCGUCUCCGGGACCAACGAUUGCGCCCCAACCCCGCAGUCCCGGUCCGGGUGCCGGCACGGGUACUGGCGCAGGCGUCUAUCCACUAUAUCCAGCUUCGUCGCCGGGCCUGCCAGACUCAAAGCAGAAGAGGAAGGGACGCCAGUCAGCGGGUGAUAAGCAAGCGCUUCUACAGUCUCCUCCGCCAGGGGUCCAGGGAGCACCGAGUUCAGAACCAGGUGUAUCAAGGCCGGGUGGUGUGGAAUACCAUGACUGGCGAGAACAGGCCACUCGCCAGGAACAAGAGCGCAUUUCUGGUCCUGUCCCUCGGGAGCCUCAGCUGCCGCCGAUCAACUCUCCACUGCCACCGCCACGGAGUCCGCAUCCACCGCCUCUUGGAACAGCAACACAUGCCAGAGACACAGCCGCAGCAACCUUGGAGCAGGCAAGACAAGGAAGUCACGCAGCUCUCGUUAAUUAGGCAGCCGAUCUUGGUCGCCAUCUUGCUCUUCUCUUCUCUCCUUAAUAUUUUCAGCAUUUGAUCUAUAUUCCAGCAGGUGCAUACAAGUGUGGCACAUUUUCUAUCUCGCUUCGUCAGAUAACUCGACCC